AUGGCAUCAAUCUCAACCACAGUUCCUCGUCGUCAUCACCAAUCAGUUACUUCCAUAUCCAAAGUAUAUGCCGAUGUAUUAGCUACUAAACCACAAUCAUUUUGGGAUUAUGAUGAAUUAUUAAUUCAAUGGAAUUCACAAGAAAAUUAUGAAGUUAUUAAGAAAUUAGGUCGAGGGAAAUAUUCUGAAGUAUUUUUAGGAAUUGAUUUAAGUAGUGGUGAAAAGGUUGUUAUUAAAGUAUUAAAACCAGUUAAACGAAAGAAAAUCAAAAGAGAAAUUUCAAUAUUAAGUAAUUUAGUUAAAGGACCAAAUGUUAUUAAAUUAUUAGAUGUUGUAAGAGAGCCACAACUGAAGACUCCAGCAUUAAUCUUUGAACAUAUUAAUAAUAUAGAUUUUAGAACUUUAUAUCCUACAUUCACUGAUUAUGAUAUUAGAUAUUAUAUGUAUGAAUUAUUAAAAGCUUUGGAUUAUAGUCAUUCUAUGGGAAUAAUGCAUAGAGAUGUUAAACCUCAUAAUGUUAUGAUUGAUCAUGAAAAGAGAGUUCUUAGGUUGAUUGAUUGGGGUUUGGCAGAAUAUUAUCAUCCAGGUACUGAAUAUAAUGUAAGAGUUGCAUCACGUUAUUUCAAAGGACCAGAAUUAUUAGUUGAUUUUAGAUUAUAUGAUUAUUCUCUUGAUCUUUGGUCAUUUGGAUGUAUGUUAGCAUCAAUGGUUUUCAUGAAGGAACCAUUUUUCCAUGGGAAAUCAAAUACCGAUCAAUUAAUUCAAAUUGUAAGAGUAUUAGGUUCAAAUAAUUUGGAUAAAUAUCUAGCCAAAUAUAACUUGGUACUUAGUCAAGAAUAUGAAGAUAUUGGUUAUUAUAAUAGAAGACCAUGGGAAAGAUUUAUUAAUGAAAAUAAUCAACAUUUAGUGACAAAUGAAUUCUUAGAUUUCAUUGAUAAAUUAUUAAGAUAUGAUCAUCAAGAAAGAUUGACAGCCAGAGAAGCAAUGGAUCAUCCUUAUUUCGAUCCGGUUAGACCUCAAUAG